UGGAAUGAAAAUAUUUAUAAUGGGAUAGAAUAUGUGAGUAUUUCUCUGUUAAUACUUAUACAAUGAAGUAAAGUAAUAGUAAAUAAUGUUUCCUUUUUUAUUUCCUGGGGGGAUUUGAACCUAAGAGACUCAUGCUUUCAUGGGCAGGCCCUUUAACAUUUGAGCCACAUCUUCAGCCCUUGAAGUUUCCUUUAAAGAACUUUGCACUGUAAUACACAGAAGAAGGACAACAUAAAAGUUAGACUACAAUCAUAAUUUUACUGAUUAGGCCUAAAUGUUGUAUGUGUCCAUCCAUACAUUUAAUAAGAUUUCCUUGUGAAACCUUCUAAUAGAACAAGCUCUCAGGACAAACUUCAUUUGAUCUCAGCAUAAGAGAAAGAAGAGCCUUCAGACACUGAAGAAGUGAAGGGGAUAUCUCCUCCUAAUCUGGGCCUCCUGUCAUGGAUGAAGAGACUCAACAUAGUCUUGAGUGCAUCCAGGCCAAUCAGAUCUUUCCAAGGAAGCAGCUGAUUCGGGAGGAUGAGAAUCUUCAGGUUCCUUUCCUUGAACUUCAUGGAGAGAGCACUGAGUAUGUGGGCCGUGCCGAGGAUGCCAUCAUUGCUCUUUCUAAUUACAGACUUCACAUCAAGUUCAAGGAGUCUCUUGUUAAUGUUCCAUUACAGCUUAUAGAAACUGUUGAAUGCCGUGAUAUAUUUCAGCUUCAUUUGACCUGCAAAGACUGUAAAGUUAUCAGGUGUCAGUUCUCAACUUUUGAGCAAUGUCAAGAUUGGCUUAAGAGACUGAACAAUGCAAUCCGACCUCCUGCUAAGAUUGAAGAUCUCUUCUCUUUUGCAUAUCAUGCUUGGUGCAUGGAGGUCUAUGCCAGUGAAAAAGAGCAGCAUGGAGACUUGUGUAGACCAGGGGAGCAUGUAACGUCAAGGUUUAAGAAUGAAGUGGAGCGGAUGGGUUUUGAUAUGAACAACGCCUGGAGGAUUUCCAAUAUUAAUGAGAAGUACAAGUUAUGUGGUAGCUAUCCACAAGAGCUCAUUGUGCCUGCCUGGAUCACUGACAAAGAACUGGAAAGUGUAGCAAGCUUCAGGUCCUGGAAGCGCAUCCCUGCAGUCGUCUAUAGGCACCAGAGCAAUGGAGCUGUCAUUGCCCGUUGUGGACAGCCAGAGGUCAGCUGGUGGGGUUGGCGAAAUGCAGAUGAUGAGCACCUGGUGCAGUCAGUGGCCAAAGCUUGUGCUUCCGACUCCCGAUCGAGUGGCAGCAAGCUGUCAACCAGGGACAGUUCUCGAGACUUUCCUAAUGGGACAGACCUUUCUGAUGUGGACUUUGAUUCUUCUUUGUCAAAUGCUUCAGGAGCAGAGGGUUUAGCCAUCCAGCCACAGAAGCUUUUGAUCUUGGAUGCCCGCUCCUAUGCCGCAGCUGUGGCCAACCGAGCCAAAGGAGGAGGCUGUGAAUGCCCAGAGUAUUACCCGAACUGUGAAGUUGUGUUUAUGGGAAUGGCAAACAUUCAUUCUAUCCGGAGGAGUUUUCAGUCUUUGCGGUUGCUGUGCACACAGAUGCCAGAUCCGGGAAAUUGGCUUUCAGCUCUUGAGGGCACAAAAUGGCUCCAUCACCUGUCUGUGCUUUUGAAAUCUGCCCUUCUGGUGGUGCAUGCUGUGGAUCGUGACCAGCGCCCAGUGCUAGUACACUGCUCAGAUGGCUGGGAUCGUACUCCCCAGAUUGUGGCAUUGGCCAAGCUCUUGUUGGACCCUUACUACCGAACCAUAGAGGGUUUCCAGGUCCUGGUGGAGAUGGAGUGGCUGGAUUUUGGCCAUAAGUUUGCUGACCGGUGUGGUCAUGGGGAGAACUCAGACGAUCUGAAUGAGCGUUGCCCAGUGUUUCUGCAGUGGCUUGACUGUGUGCAUCAGCUUCAGAGGCAAUUUCCUUGCUCUUUUGAGUUCAGUGAAGCAUUCCUUGUGAAACUGGUACAGCAUACCUAUUCCUGCCUCUUUGGAACAUUCCUGUGCAACAACGCCAAGGAGAGAGGGGAAAAGCAUACUCAGGAACGGACAUGCUCUGUAUGGUCACUUCUUCGGGCAGGCAACAAAGCCUUCAAAAACCUACUGUAUUCCUCUCAGUCAGAAGCCGUACUGUACCCUGUGUGCCAUGUGCGGAACCUGAUGCUGUGGAGUGCAGUGUACCUGCCCUGCCCAUCCCCAUCUACCCCCGUGGAUGAGAGCUGUGCACCAUACCCAGCCCCAGGCACCAGCCCUGAUGAACCCCCCCUGAGCCGGCUACCAAAGACUAGAUCAUUUGACAAUCUGACCACAGCCUGCGACAGCACAAUGCCUCUGGCCAGCCGGCGCAGUAGUGACCCCAGCCUGAAUGAGAAAUGGCAGGAGCACCGACGCUCCCUGGAGCUAAGCAGCCUGGCUAGUCCUGGAGAAGAACCUCCUGCCCAUGCUGCUGACAGCCUGGGAAAGCCUAGCAGGAUGCCAGGGGGUGCUGAGCUGUCUGUGGCGGCUGGAGUGGCUGAGGGACAAAUGGAGAACAUUUUGCAAGAGGCCACCAAAGAGGAGAGUGGGGCAGAAGAGCCUGCCCACAGGGGAAGCGUGGAAAUGCCAGAGGUCAAAGAGGAGAUGCUCUUAGCAAAGGAAAGCAGGAGGAUGUCAGCCGAGGGCUCGCUUGUCCUUUACCAAGAACCAGAGUUGGAUGAUGCGACUCUACAAAGGCACCCAGACUCCAGCCUGUCAGUGCUCUCACAGGGUAUUUCUCAACAGCAGGGUAGGCACAGUGUUCUCAGUUCACUCCAGGCCCCACCUAGGGGAGAAGAUUUCCAGGAGACCCCUGGGGAGCCGCUGCGAAUAAGGGAUGCUGCAGAGGGAAGGGAGGGUGCUGUUCCUCCCAUCCUGGUAGAUGCUAAAGUUGGCCAUGAUACCUCACAGUCUAGUUCUACUCUACCUUCCCAAGUCCCAUGUGAGACCGGAGGACCAAACGUGGACAGUUCGAUGGACGUGUUAGUACAAGAUACAGUGAUACCCGAAAGCGGGCCUCAGGACCAUCAUAGACCUCGCUUGGUAACCAGUGACAGGUUCAGUGGCAAGGACAUGCCGGCAGCAGAGCUCAGGCCUGUAGAGAGGAAUCUGGCUGAGAGGCCCCAAGGUGAGUCUGUAGUGCACAGAACUUCCUCUGGCAGCACACUCAGCCCCAACCCGGCCCACUGUGCCUUGCCGUUAGCUGAAUGUAAAGAGGGGCUCGUGUGCAAUGGCUCCCCAGAGACUGAAAACAAGGCCUCAGAGCAGCCCAUUGGACUUGGAACCUUCCAGAAGUACCCAACACCCAACGGACAUUGCACCAAUGGGGAGGCUGGGCGGAACAAGGACUCCCUGAGCCGCCAGCUGUCUGCCACAAGCUGCAGCUCUGCCCACUUGUACUCGAGGAACUUGCACCACAAGUGGUUGCACAGUCACUUGGGGAAACCGUCUGCCACUAGCAGCCCUGACCAGCCUUCCCGCAGCCACCUGGAUGAUGAUGGCAUGCCUGUGUAUACGGACACAAUCCAACAGCGCUUGCGCCAGAUUGAGUCAGGCCACCAGCAGGAAGUGGAGACCUUGAAGAAACAAGUCCAGGAGCUAAAGAGCCGCCUAGAGAGCCAGUACCUGACCAGCUCCCUGCGCUUCAAUGGGGACUUUGGAGAUGAAGUGACUUCAAUCCCCGACUCGGAAAGCAAUCUGGAUCAGAGCUGUUUGUCUCGCUGCAGCACAGAGAUUUUCUCUGAAGCCAGCUGGGAGCAGGUGGAUAAACAGGACACAGAGAUGACCCGUUGGCUCCCUGACCACCUGGCUGCCCACUGCUAUGCUUGUGACAGUGCCUUCUGGCUCGCCAGUAGGAAGCACCACUGCAGGGAUACUGACCGUGUUGAUCAAACGUGGAAUUGUGGGAAUGUAUUCUGCUCCAGUUGUUGUAAUCAGAAGGUUCCAGUUCCUAGCCAGCAACUUUUUGAACCCAGUCGAGUGUGCAAGUCUUGCUACAGCAGCCUACAUCCCACGAGCUCCAGCAUUGACCUUGAACUGGAUAAGCCCAUUGCUGCCACUUCUAACUGAAGCUCAGUGACUUGGGGUGGGCCGAGGCCAAGCUACUGUUCCUCUGACAGGCCCACACCGCCUGGGCAGCCCGAGAGGCCCAUGCACUUUGGAACGGGGGCAUGGAACCAUAUAUACAGAGUGACAGGAAAUGGGAUGUACCACUGGAUUGUAGAUUGAUUUUUUUCUUUCCUUCUACCCUUUCCCUUUUCCAUUUUCCCUCUGCUUUCAAAAAAGAAAACAGUCCCCUGGUUGUCUUAAUUUUUUAUUUUUAUGUCUUGUAAUGGAAGAUCAGAGGUGUCCAGGCUUCCUGGAGCAGCAGGGCUGCCCGCCGCUGGGCAUGCUGAGGGCUGGCAGAGCCCAUCAGCCAGCCAUGGAGGUGGGAGACAGUGAGCGGGGCAGAACACAGCGCCAACAUAGCCAUCAUUCCUCAUGCCGCCGCCACCAUGUGUGCUGGUGGGAAGCUGCCAGCUCCUUCCCCAGGGGUGUUACCCCAUAUCCACCCCCCCCCCCCCCGACAACAGGGUUGGCACAUCAUGAAUGGUUUCCCUUGGGAUCCCUUGGGGGAAGGAAGUGUGUGCUGCUUUUGCGCAGGCGGGUGGUGGGGUGGUGGUCAGCACGUUGGCCCACAUCGGAUUCUGUGACUUGAUCCAGACUCCCCCAGGCUCCCUUUGCUUCCCAGGGCUGCCUCCCUGGACAGGCUGGGUCUUGCUCCCCACCCUAAGGCCUAGGAGUGCAGGCUGGCCAGAAGGUGGGGGUCCGCUGCUGUGAUGGCCUGCCAGCUGCUGGGCCCACGCACGCCCGGAGCCCCCUUGGGGUAGUGGUCCUCUAAACAAUCUCUCUCCUCGGCCAGCACAGGGAAAUUCAGACUCAGGGUCCCAAAAGUUCCCUAUUCCCAAACCAAACAAAUCAUGGAUCGCCCCUCAAGGGGUAGAAUCAGCCUUCACAGUUACAAAGGUCCCCACACAGUUAGCCUUCCUCCUCUUUUUGGGGGGCAGCAAGGAAGUCCCCUUUCCUGCCUUUGGCUUCCUGAGUGGGCACAUCCGUGGAGGGUCCACUUGGUGACCGCAGGGUUCUUGGAGGAGAUUCAGGGCACCUUUUCUCAGUGAGCUCUCAUUUGGUCCAAAAGAGCCUUAAAUCAAGAAUCUUGGAGGGGGAGGUGAGGAAGGGCGCCGAGGAGCUUAAGUUGGUGCUUUGUUAUGUUGGCAUCCAUGUUUGUGCCUGCCUUCCCUCCUGGGAAGGGCCUCCACUCUGCUGAAAGCUGCUACCUGGUCCCAGGGCAGGAGAAGGACAGUGAAGUCCUGAAACGCGAGGUUCUAGCCUGCUUUGUGUUCACUCCCCUGUCCCCUAGCCUAGGCACGCUGCGGUGCUCAGCAGCCUUCCCUGGUGCUGGUGGCUCGAGGCAGAGCCCGGAGCAUUUGAGCGCCUCCGAGUCGGGCGGCAGCAGCUGUGCAGAGCCCGGCCCUGUGAAACAGGGUGUCAUUCUCUGCGCUCUGCGCGGGCGGCCCGGCAGGUAGGGAGAAGUCAGAGUGACUGAAGACUGUGCAGUUCCUAUUGACAGGUGCCAAGAGGUUAUGAUACGGGUUUCUUGGGUCUGUUGUACAGUGUGAAUAAUUGCUUGCAGCUCUUAGCCCUUUUUUGAUCAAUGAAGCACUUUUUUAUUAAUAUUUUCUUUGUAUGUAAAGGAGGAACCAUACUCUCCGUAGCUGUACAUAUAACCCUUUUCUCCUAAAGAGGAGUCGGUCAGUGCUCCUAUAUUUUUCAUUUUUUUGUCAAAGCAAGAAGUAAAUACUUUAGAAUUGUUAAAUAUAUAAAUAAAGCAAAUAAAGUUGCGUGUUCGGCAUGGUGGCAUUUGCUAACCCAUUCUA